UUUGACAAAAACAUCUAGAGAUUGCAGGUAUCAAGGAACAUGUACAUAUGAUAUAGUCUAAGCAGAUGCGCUCAGAAUGAUACUACCUACCACCAAUCUGGCUUGUGUAAAAAGCACCCACACUCAACACGACUGAUUCACACUGUGCAACACUGUCGCCUUGUUACAGUGGAGCAUCAACCGAUGAAGGCGCGCCGUUAUCAAUGCUGUUGAGGCAAGGACGUUUCAUAAAUGUACAUAAAUGAUAAUCCUACGACAACGAUAACAAACGCAAGGCGACUACAAAGUACGGCCACGGAAAAGGAUGUACGCAUCUCCAGGUGAUCCUGCGUCCUGGCCCCUCAACCAAAGGGAGAAGCGAUCAGCAAAGAUUGUUUUUGAGACGACCCGAUCCAAAAGGAUGUCUUUCUUCGACGUUUGUCUGGACCAUCCGUCCCUACAAAGUGCCUAUACAUCGGCGAGGACAGAAAGUAAUUUGGACGUC